UCGGAGGAGCAAGCAGGGCUGCUUGAUUUCCUCCACAGUGUAGAAAUAGAGAAGAAACAGACUGGAACAUGUCAGCUGCUGCUGAAUGUUCCUUCCCUCCCCAAAUUUUGCUCCAGUGGUGCUUGUUGGGUGCUCCUGCUUGGAUGGGUGCCCUGUAAUAUACAGCUAUGAUAGUGGAGAUGAGCCUAGAGUCAGACACAAGGAAAUCUUUAGACUUAGACUAACUUUAUUAUCACUUUGAAGGUACACUAAUCUGCACAUAUUAAAAUGAAAUUUCAUUGCGCACAGUUCUCAAAGGGUCACCACCUCUAAUAUACACUACAGAAACAUGACAAAGAAAGGAAAGAAAGAGAAAGAAAGAAAAGAAAGAAAGAAAAAGAAAGAUAGCUAGCUAGAGAGAAAGAAAGAAAGAAAGAAAGAAAGAAAGAAAGAAAGAAAGAAAGAAAGAAAGAAAGAAAGAAAGAAAGAAAGAAAGAAAGAAAGAAAGAAAGAAAGAAAGAUAGAUAGAUAGAUGCAGGUACCCACAUAUAUUAUAUGACACAGAGAACCAACACAGUUACUGUUAGUUUGGAUGCAUACAUGUCCAUGGGGAGAAAAACGAAUCCUGCGAGUUUACCACAUGGAUGGCAUAGGGAGCAAAGCUGUUACAGAAUCUGGUAGUCCUGCUAGAAAUACUUUGAAACCUCAUCCUGGAGGGGAGCAACAUAAACAGACUGUAAAGUGGACAAAGAGGAUGCCAGGAAGAGAAUUCCAGACAAGUGAAAUUCCAAACCAUUAAAAAAGAAAGCAAAUGAAGCCAACAAUUAAAGUCUUUUCAGCCUCCUCCAGAAAACUAAAAAAAUUCUUCCUCAGGAAGGUGACAGACAAAAAAGAGAAUAACAGGAAGAGAAUUUUGAGCUGGAGAAACCUGUCUAUGUAAAACUCAAGGAAACACUGCAAAAAAAGGUCAAGGGGGAUAAUUUGCAAAUUCAGAAAAAUGGAAAUAAUCUGGAAAUCAAUGGGGAGGAAGAGGUCACUUGUACAAUCACAUCGGACAGGCAGUCAUGCAAACCUUGCCCUGUGAAGAAAGCAUAGCUUGAAUGAAAGCAACAUCCAAGAAGGGAUCCAAAAUCUUUUUGACCUUAAGAAUCCAAAAAUACCAAUUUAUGAGAAAUGCAGAGAUUGCAGAUCACCCCUGAUUAUACACGAGGGGAACUGAAGAAAAACUCACCCUCUGUCCUCUAUGUGGCACAAGCUUUAGGAAACAUGCUACCCUAGUGAUACAAAAAAGGCCUGAAAUGGGGGAGAAGUCAUUUGUGUGUUCUGAUUGUGGGAAAACUUUCAGUCGGAAUUCUCACCUGGUGACACACCAGAGGACACACACAGGAGAGAAACCCUUUGAGUGUCCAGAUUGUGGGAAAGGCUUCAGUCAAAAUUCGCACUUGGUGACACACCAGAGGACUCACACAAGGGAGAAAGUGUAUGAGUGUCCAGAUUGUGGGAAAGAUUUCAGUCACAAUUCCAACCUGGUGAUUCACCAGAGGACUCACACAGGGGAGAAACCUUAUGAGUGUCCAUAUUGUGGGAAAGCUUUCAGUCAUAAUUCAAACCUUGUGAAACACCAGAGGACUCAUACAGGGGAGAAACCGUAUGAGUGCCCAGAUUGUGGGAAAGGUUUCAGUCAGAAUUCCCAUCUUAUUAAACACCUUAGGACUCACACACGGGAGAAAAGGUACAAGUGUCCAGAUUGUGGGAAAUGUUUCUUCUGUAAUUCCAACCUGAUGAUGCACCAGAGGACUCAUGCAGGGGAAAAGCCAUAUGAGUGUCCAGAUUGUGGGAAAGGGUUCAGUCAGAAUUCCAGUCUUGUUAAACACCUGAGGAUUCACACACGGGAGAAACGAUACAAGUGUCCAGAUUGUGCGAAAAGUUUCAGUCAUAAUUGUGACUUUGUGAAACACCUGAAGACUCACAGAGGAGAGAAACCCUUUGAAUGUCCUGAUUGUGGGAAAAGUUUCAGUCAUAAUUCCAAGCUUGUGAAACACCAGAGGACUCACACAGGAGAGAAGCCGUAUAAAUGUCUGGACUGUGGCAAAUGUUUCAGUUGGUAUUCUGGCCUAGUGAUACACCAGAGGACUCAUACAGGAGAAAAACCCUUUGAAUGUCCUGACUGUGGAAAAGGUUUCAGUACCAGAACUAACCUUAUAAAUCAUGUAGGUUUACACACAGGGGAGAAACCUUUCAAGUGCCCAGAGUGCGGACGGUGCUUCACACAUUAUUCCUCUCUUACUGCACACAAGAAAAUCCAUACGAAGGAGAAGGUGAUGACUGUAGGGAAGGCUUUAGUGGAAAAGCUCCAUAGAUGUGCAUACUGUGGGAAAUGCAGAGAUUGCAGAUCAACCCUGAUUAUACAUGAGAGGAACCACACUGAAGAAAAGCCCAUCCUCUGUCCUCAAUGUGACACAAACUUUAGGAAACAUGCUACCCUAGUGAUACAAAAAAGGCUUGAAAUGGGGGAGAAGUCAUUUGCUUGUUCUGACUGUGGGAAAACUUUCAGUCGAAAUUCUCAGUUGGUGACACACCAGAGGACACACACAGGAGAGAAACCCUAUGAGUGUCCAGAUUGUGGGAAAGGCUUCAGUCAGAAUUCCCACCUGGUGACACACCAGAGGAUUCAUACAGGGGAGAAACCGUAUGAGUGUUGGGAUUGUGGGAAAUGUUUCAGUCGGAAUUCCCACCUGGUGAUACACCAGAAGACUCACACAAGGCAGAAAGUGUAUGAGUGUCCAGAUUGUGGGGAAGGUUUCAGUCACAAUUCCAAUUUGGUGAUACACCAGAGGACUCAUACAGGAGAGAAACCAUAUGAGUGCCCCAGUUGUGGGAAAACUUUCAGUCGUAAUACCAACCUUGUGAAUCACUUGAGGACUCACAUAGGGGAGAAAGUUUACGAGUGUCCAGACUGUGGAAAAAGUUUCAGUCAUAAUUCCAUCCUGAUGAUACACCGGAGGACUCACAGAGGGGAGAAAGUGUAUGAAUGUCCAGACUGUGGGAAAGGUUUCAGUCAUAAUUCCAUCCUGAUAAUACAUCAGAGGACUCACACAGGAGAUAAACCAUAUGAGUGUCCAGAUUGUGGGAAAAGUUUCAGUCAGAAUUCCGCCCUUGCAAUACACCAGAGGAUUCACACAGGAGAAAAACCCUAUGAAUGUCCAGAUUGUGGGAAAGGUUUCAGUCAUAAUUCCAAUCUUGUGAAACACCACAGGACUCACAGAGGGGAGAAACCAUAUGAAUGUCCAGAUUGUGGGAAAGGUUUCAGUCAUAAUUCCAACCUGAUGAUACACCAGAGGACUCACACAGGAGAAAAACCGUAUGAGUGUUCCGAUUGUGGUAAAGGUUUCAGUCAGAAUUCCAACCUUGUUAAACACCUGAGGACUCAUAAUCGGGAGAAACGGUAUGAGUGUCCAGAUUGUGGGAAAUAUUUCUAUCGUAAUUCCAACCUGAUGAUACACCAGAGGGAUCACACAGGAGAGAAACCCUUUGAAUGUCCUGAUUGUGGGAAAAGUUUCAGUAAUAAUUCCAAUCUUGUGAAACACCAGAGGACUCACACUGGGGAGAAACCCUAUGAAUGUCCUGAUUGUGGGAAAAGUUUCAAUCAGAAUUCCAACCUGAUGAUACACCAGAGGACUCAUACAGGAGAGAAACCAUAUGAGUGUCCGGACUGUGGAAAAAGUUUCAGUUGGUAUUCUGGAUUGGUGAUACACCAGAGGACUCACACAGGGGAAAAGCCAUAUGAGUGUCCAGAUUGUGGGAAAGGUUUCAGUACUAGGACUAACCUUAUAAAUCAUGUAGGUUUACACACAGGUGAGAAACCUUUCAAGUGCCCAGAGUGUGGACGGUGCUUCUCGCAAACUUCCUCCCUUAUUAAACACAAGAAAAUCCACAUGACCCAGAAGAUGAUGAAUAAAGAGAAGGCUUGAAUUUCUUUUCUGAUCUGCCUUUGCAAGUUCACCUUAGAAAUUAUUUAAUUUCUGGCCUGAUUCUGUUUAGCCAAAUGUGUCUCAGUAUUAGGCAUGAGGGAGAAGAGAAAAGAAAUGAAAAUGGAAAAUGUUAGCUUGGUCAAAGUUAACUACUUGUGUGUUGCUAUCAUGAAAAUGUAGUGGAUAUUCCCUUUAGCAAAAAUAGAAUAAUUGCUGCCAAAAGGCUUUUGGGAAUGUUUUUUGCAUGUUGACAACAGAGAUAAUAGAAAAGCAACACACAAUUUUUU